AGCCCACCAUGUUCGAAACACUCUCUGCUGGACUGACACUGCAGCCGCCCUUUGCUGUCUUCAUACUUGGAACCGUGGCCUUCUUGCUAUGGUGGAAACACGGAGCAACCAAACUGCCUUUGCCGCCUGGUCCGCCUGGUCAUUGGUUAUGGGGUAACAUCAUUCCCGAGACGAAGGACUACUUGAAGUAUCAUGAGUGGGCGCAAGAGUAUGGUCCUAUAUACAGCCUCAGAAGUGGUCGCCGCACCGUGAUCGUCAUCGCCAACAACGAGGCUGCCGCUGAGAUCUUGGAGAAAGAAGGCAUACACUCUGCUGACCGUCCUCGUACCGUCGCAGCGGGAGAAAUGAUGUCAGGAAACAUGAGGAUUCUUUUGAUCGGCGUCGGAGAUCGUUUUCGCAAGCUGCGCAAAGCACUGCACAGUCACUUGCAACCGAAGCUUGUGCCUAUAUACGAGCCUCUCCAGCUUUUCAACGCCAAGGUCUUGAUACGCGAUAUUCUCAAGAACCCCGAAGGACAUCGCAAGCAUGCCAGAAGAUAUGCAGCCUCUGUGAUUCUUUCUCUUACUUAUGGCAAACCUUCCCCGAGUCACCCAGAAGACCCUGACAUUCCGCUUAUCAGUCGAUGCCUGGUGCGCAUUGGGCGCGCUGUUCGACCAGGAGCACACGUUGUCGACGAUCUACCUUGGCUCAAGUCUGUCCCGUUCUAUGGCAAACAGCUCAGGGGCUAUCAUCGCGAAGAACUCGCUCUGUUCAGAAGGCAGAUGCAAACCACCCGAGAUGACAUCGCUUCAAAGAAGGCUCCACCGUCGUUCGGGAAGUACCUCGUGGAACGUCAAGACGAGCUAGAACUCGAGGAUAACGAGGCUGCAUACCUGGCUGGGUCUAUGUUUGGCGCCGGGUCUGAAACGACGGGUUCCGCCAUCAGCGUUGUCAUCAUGGCGGCAGCAUGCUUUCCCGAUGCGCAGACCGUCGUGCAGAAUGAGCUGGACGAUGUAGUUGGCCCUAACCGACUUCCAUCCUUCAGCGAUGUAGACCUGCUACCACAAGUUGAGGCCUUCGUUCUCGAGUCGUUCCGGUGGCGUCCUGGAUCUUUCUCCGGCUUUCAACACAGAUCCACCGAAGAAAUUAUCUAUAAAGGAUACCGAAUCCCUGCCGGCGCGACCUUACUUCCGAAUAACUGGUCUCUUGCUCGCGAUCCAGAACUCUUCGCGGACGCAGAGAAAUUCGAUCCACAACGCUGGUUGAAUAAGCAGGGACAAGUCAGGAAAGAUCUCAAGUUUCCAAACUUCGGCUUUGGGAGACGGAUUUGUCCGGGCCAGUAUUUUGCCAUGAACUCUCUCUUUAUCAAUACCGCCUUGCUCCUUUGGUCCUUCCGGAUCUUACAGGAUCCCACCCGACCCAUUGAUACACUUGCUUUUACGGGAGGCGUCCUACACUCCCCCGAUCCGUUCACAGCCAUUUUUGAGCGGCGCCUGGCAGGAUUGCAUGAGUUGAUUAACGAAGACGAUUCUUGACUUCUUGGACGCUUCCGUACUUCUGUACUAUACUGUGAGUCGUGAGUGAGAUCUGACAUCACUCACCUUGGCGGACUGUAUCUUGUAUGUACCUAGAUGGUCUACUAUGAGAGAUACGAAUGUCAAUAUGUCAAUGGU